AUGUCCCAUGAGCAUGCCGAGGCAUCCCCCAAGCGCAGCGACGGCAGCAAGCUCAUCAGUCCCUUUCAGACGCUGUCCGACGAGCCGUUCUCCGAACAACGAGGAGAUGAGGAGGCCGCGGCCCGGCCUGCGGGGCCCAGCCCAACUUACACCGUCGAGGAUGCCCUCAACGCUAUAGGCUUUGGUUGGUUUCAGGGCCUUAUGAUGCUGUACACCGGGUUCGCGUGGAUGAGCGACGCCAUCGAGAUGCUGCUGCUGUCGUUCAUCACAUCUGCUGCCAAGUGUGACUUCGGUCUGAAUAAACAUGAGAAGACUGCGAUUGGAAGCACGGUGUUCCUUGGAAUGAUGCUUGGUGCCUACAUAUGGGGGGCUAUAGCAGACAUAAAAGGAAGAAAAGUUGGGUUCUUCUCGACAGCAUUCCUGACAGCAGCAUUUGGCUUUGCAAGCGCUGUGGCUCCUGACUACGGGACACUUUUGCUAUUCCGAGGCAUUGUGGGGUUUGGCCUGGGGGGUGUACCAGUGGCCUUUACCCUCUUUACGGAGUUCACCCCAACAGUGAACAGGGGAAAGUUCCUGGUCAUCAUGCAGUCCUUUUGGACUCUGGGGGCGAUCAUCGAAGCAGGAAUGGCCUGGAUCAUCAUGCCAAGAUUGGGCUGGAGGAUGCUGGUUGGCUUGUCAGCAAUACCCAUGGUGUUUCUUCUGGUCUUCUUCCCCUUUAUUCCUGAGUCUCCACACUGGCUGGCUGUCACCGGGCAGAUGGACAAAGCUGAGCAAGUUCUGCAGAGAAUCGCCAAGUUCAACGGGAAACCCAUGCCAUCAGGCCACUUGACAAUGCCACCAAAAGAUGCCCCUCUGCCGGUCCACAAUCCACCGAAAUGGUGGAAUCUGUUUGGAUGGGUAUGGGUAAAGAUGCGAAUGCUAACUGAUCAGUUGAGCAGGCUCCUGGUCCCUGCCCUGAAGAAGACAACCCUUUUACUGUGGUUCAUAUGGGUUACCAAUGCACUGGGGUACUACGGAAUGGUAAUGCUGGCCACUGAGCUACACGGUGAAAGGAACGAAGCCUGCCUAGUGGAGGAGCCCGACAAGCCCGACAUGCGCGACAAUGACUACAGGGACAUAUUCAUCACGACCACCGCAGAGAGCGCCGGCCUCGUCUUGGCAUACUUCUUGGUGGAUUGGAUAGGAAGAAAAAAGUCGAUGACGGCUUUCUUGACUGGCUGCAUGGUCUUCCUCGUCCCCCUCCUCUUGGACCCCUCAGAGGGCCCUGAGACAACCUUCCUGUACAUGUCCCGAGCCUCCAUUACUGGCUCCUUCACAGUGCUCUUCAUUUACACUCCUGAGGUCUACCCCACUGCCGUGCGGUCCCUUGGUUUUGGUGCAUCUACCUCGUAUUCGCGCCUGGGCGGCCUUUUUGCACCCCUUCUGGUGGUUGAAUCUGUAGACAGCGGAGAGGAGCACGUUGCGGAGGCCAUCCUGCUGGUGAUGUGUGGCAUGGCGGCGGCGAUGGCGGUGAUGCUGCCAUAUGAGACCGCUGGGCAGGAGCUGCGCGAGACGCUAGAGGUAGAGAUGACGGGCACCAACCCGGUGUACGGCCUGCCAGGGCCCAGCCCAGCAGCCCAGAAAGGAGUCCCUGGGGCCAAGAAGAUAGUCGGAAUGUUCAAAAAGCCCAAGGAGAAGCGGGGCUCGGGGGAUGGCGGAAACGAUGAUGUUCCCAAUUUGGAAGAAGCGGUUGAGAACGGUGUGGCGUUGUAA